UGACGGCCGAUGACGUUCCAUUAAUGUUGAUUGAGACUGACGUGUCGUAUGAAUCUUCCUUGAAAGAGACUGAUUCGUUAUUCGGUUUUCACUAGUUUUCAUUCAUUCAAUCAAUUAAACGUUUUCUUCGUUCAAUUUCUGGAAGAACUUCGAUCGCAUCAUACCAUCACGAAUUAAGGAUGGGCAACAAAUCAUCUCUGUUGCUGCGUGAAGAGGAAAUAUCACAAAUUCACGAGGAAACGGGAUUUACUCCAAACCAGAUCGAACGGCUCUAUUCCCGAUUUACGUCACUUGAUCGCAAUGACUGCGGUACGCUAUCGCGAGAGGACUUUCUACGCAUUCCUGAGUUAGCCAUCAAUCCACUAUGUGAACGGAUCGUUCACUCCUUCUUUGCUGACAGCAACGAUGAUAGGGUCAAUUUCCGUCAAUUCACCAAGGUUCUGGCUCAUUUCCGACCAAUCAAGCCUAGCAAGGAAAACAAAUUGAACAGCCGCGAAGAGAAGUUGCGAUUCGCUUUCAAAAUGUACGAUCUUGACGAUGACGAAACAAUUUCACGAGAAGAACUACUCAGUAUUCUGCAGAUGAUGGUUGGUGCGAACAUUAGCCAGGAUCAGUUGAACAGUAUUGCCGAACGAACUAUCCUUGAGGCGGAUACCGUUGGACAGGGUAAAAUUACAUUUGAGGACUUUUGUCGCGCCCUGGAACGUACCGAAGUCGAGCAGAAGAUGUCGAUUCGGUUCCUUAACUGAAGCCGGCGCUCGUGGUGUGAUUGGUUUGCCAAUUUAGGGCAAUCUUAGACCAGAUGGAGAAGGUGCAUUUGUUUUCGAGCUAUGUUUGAAAUAAUUUUCCGAUUAUGAAUUUCAUUUGAAACUAAUGCACACGACGAGCGGCAAAACGAACGAUGUUGAAACGAUGGGGAAAAUUUUCCAAUGUAAUGGUUUAUUUGAUGUUUGUAUAUUGUUAGAGUGUAUGGUGUAGUACAGUGCGGAAUAAAAAACUUAAAAAUUGCAGAAAA